ACAGAAGAGAUAAAUGCACCUUCUCCGGCCGUACCCCUUCACACACUCCUUUGCUUUUCACCUUCUUCUCCUUUUACCCCUCGUGUUUAUAAAUCCAAAAUUCAAUCUAGAGAGAGAAUCUUUCUUUCUGUGUGUGUGUGUGUGUGUUUAGAGAGAGAGGUGGAAUCUUGAACCAGGGGUGCGUAGGAUAAGCAGUAACAACAGGUCAUGGUGGAUGUGAGUGUCAUUGGGAGGUUGUAGUUGAAAAAAGCUUUCAUCUUUCUUCUGGGUUUUGGUUUUUACAAGGUUUUGUCAAUGGCAGCUGCGUAUUUUAGCAGAAACCGGUUGAGGUUGGGGUUCUUGUUCGUUGUUUUGGGUGUGUGCUUGCUAUCUUGCGCCGCUAGACAGCCUUCUACUCAAAAACUUAAAGUUCAUAAGCAUCUAAAACGCCUCAAUAAAAAACCUGUCAAGACCAUUCAGAGUCCAGAUGGGGAUUUCAUUGAUUGUGUGCACAUCACUCAGCAACCAGCUUUUGAUCACCCAUUUCUCAAAGAUCACAAAAUUCAGAUGAGGCCUAAUUAUCAUCCAGAAGGGCUUUAUGAUGACAACAAAGUGAAAACAGAGUCCAAUGAAAGAGAAAACUCAAUCAAGCAGCUGUGGCACGUGAAUGGCAUGUGCCCUGAAGACACAAUACCUAUCAGAAGAACAAAAGAAGAUGAUGUUUUGAGAGCAAGUUCUGUUAAAAGAUAUGGAAAGAAGAAACAUACAAGCAUUGUUGAUCCUAGAAUCAUCCCUAAAUCUGCAGAUCCAGAUCUUGUUAAUGAAAGUGGUCAUCAGCAUGCAAUAGCUUAUGUUGAAGGAGAAAAAUUCUAUGGAGCAAAAGCAACAAUGAAUGUUUGGGAACCAAAGAUUCAACAACCGAACGAGUUUAGCUUGUCUCAGAUUUGGAUUUUGGGUGGUUCUUUUGGUGAAGAUCUUAACAGCAUUGAGGCCGGUUGGCAGGUCAGCCCGGAUCUUUACGGUGAUAACAACACAAGAUUGUUCACUUACUGGACUAGCGACGCGUAUCAAGCGACGGGUUGCUACAAUCUACUAUGCUCAGGUUUCAUUCAAAUCAACAACAACAUAGCAAUGGGAGCAAGCAUCUCCCCUGUUUCUGCAUAUAGGAAUUCACAAUAUGAUAUCAGUAUCCUUGUCUGGAAGGAUCAAAAGGAGGGAAACUGGUGGAUGCAAUUCGGGAACGGUUACGUGUUGGGCUACUGGCCAUCCUUCUUGUUUUCAUAUUUAGCCGACAGUGCGUCGAUGAUCGAGUGGGGAGGCGAGGUCGUUAACUCAGAGCCCGACGGGCAGCACACGACAACACAAAUGGGCAGCGGGCGGUUUCCGGAAGAAGGGUUCGGAAAAGCUAGCUAUUUCAGAAACAUUCAAGUUGUUGACAAAGAAAAUAACCUCAAGGCUCCUAAAGAAAUAGGCACUUUCACAGAGCAAUCCAACUGUUAUGAUGUUCAAACUGGGAGCAAUAGUGAUUGGGGUCACUACUUUUACUAUGGAGGCCCUGGUAAAAACCCAAAUUGCCCUUAACACCCCCUUGCUUUUGUUAAGUAUUAAGUAUUAACCUUAAUCUGAAAUCUACCCUUAUGUUAUAUAUAAUUUUCUUUUUUAUUUUUGUUGGUUUAAGUUGUAGGGGUUAGGUGGUACAUGUGACCUUUAAUGUGGUAGGAAGUUUUGGUUUUAUUUUGUGGGGUGAAUUUGAAAAGUACUCUCUUAAUUCUAAGUGAAUGGAGGGGAUGUGGUAACUGGUAAGGUUUCUUUUUAAGUAUGGGUUUUGAGAUGUUCUUUUUAGCUUUUUGUUGUUUUUUUUGGAGUGGUUUGUUACUUUGUUACUCAUAAAGUUGAAUGGGGCUCUGAACAUGGUUGUUGUACCAAAGUUGAGGGAUUGAAGUUGUAACUUUGCAAAA